AUGGGUAACAACAACACUUUUUUGUUUACUUCUGAAUCUGUUGGUGAAGGUCACCCAGAUAAGAUCUGUGAUCAAGUUUCCGAUGCUAUUUUGGACGCUUGUUUGAGAGAAGAUCCAUUGUCUAAGGUUGCAUGUGAAACUGCAGCCAAGACUGGUAUGAUCAUGGUUUUCGGUGAAAUCACCACCAGAGCCAACCUGGACUACCAAAAGAUUGUCCGUGACACCAUCAAGCAAAUUGGUUACGAUUCCUCCGAAAAGGGUUUCGACUACAAGACCUGUAACGUUUUGGUUGCCAUUGAACAACAAUCUCCAGAUAUUGCUCAAGGUUUGCAUUAUGAACAAGCUUUGGAAGAACUAGGUGCUGGUGACCAAGGUAUCAUGUUCGGUUAUGCUACUGACGAAACCCCAGAACAUUUGCCAUUGACCAUUUUGUUGGCCCACAAGUUGAACAUGGCUAUGGCUGAUGCCAGAAGAGACGGUUCUUUGCCAUGGGUUAGACCUGAUACCAAGACUCAAGUUACCGUUGAAUACAAGGAAGAUAAUGGUAGAUGGAUCCCAUUGAGAAUCGACACCAUCGUUAUCUCUGCUCAACACGCCGAAGAAAUCAGCACUGCUGAUUUGCGUCAAUCUCUAAGAACUAACAUCAUCGACAAGGUUUGUCCAGCCGAGAUGUUGGAUGAAAACACCAAGUACUACAUCCAACCAUCUGGUAGAUUCGUUAUCGGUGGUCCUCAAGGUGAUGCCGGUUUGACUGGUAGAAAGAUUAUCGUCGAUGCUUACGGUGGUGCUUCUGCUGUCGGUGGUGGUGCUUUCUCCGGUAAGGAUUACUCCAAGGUCGACCGUUCCGCUGCUUACGCCGCUAGAUGGGUUGCUAAGUCUUUGGUCCACGCUGGUAUCUGUAAGAGAGUUCAAGUCCAAUUCUCUUACGCUAUCGGUAUCGCUGAACCUUUAUCCUUGCAUGUCGACACCUAUGGUACCGCUACCAUCCCAGAUGAAGAAGUUAUUGAAAUCAUCAAGAAGAACUUCGACUUGAGACCUGGUGUCCUUGUGAAGGAAUUAGAUUUGGCUAGACCAAUCUACUUGCCAACCGCUUCCUACGGUCACUUCACUAACCAAGAAUACCCAUGGGAAAAGCCAAAGGCUUUGAAGUUGUAA